AGAGAGAGAGAAGAAGAAGAAGAAGAAGAAGAAGGUGAACCAGGAGGUGAGAAGUUUGAGUUUCUGGGGCGUUUUGGAAAUAGGUAUCUCAUGUUUGGGUAGGAUUUUGGACUGGAAAAUGGUAUUGAAGGAGAGGAGGGAAAAAGACCCAGAAGCUUGAAAAGCUCGAAAGCUACGAAAGGUAGGUGUUACGAGGCUUUUGGAGAAGACCCAAAAGCUCAAAGUUGUGGAGAGUUUCUGGGGGUGUUUGGACGAGAACCCAGUUAGGAAAAUAAAAAAGAAACUACUGUUUCGGAUUUAGAGAGAGAGAGAGAGAGAGAGAGAGAGAGAGAGAGAGAGAGAGGAGUCAUUUGAUUGGGUUUAUAUUGGUGUGUUUUGGCGAUAGAGCAAUGAGUAGCUGUGGAAGGAAUGGAACUGUUAGGCAGUAUAUCAGGUCUAAGGUGCCUAGAUUGAGAUGGACUCCCGAUCUUCAUCACUGCUUUGUGCAUGCCAUUGAAAGGCUUGGAGGACAAGACAAGGCCACACCCAAGCUUGUUCUUCAGCUGAUGGAUGUGAGAGGGCUAACAAUUUCACAUGUCAAAAGCCAUCUUCAGAUGUAUAGGAGCAUGAAAACUGAUAUUAACAGGCAAGUUCCUUCUACAAGUGAUGUUGUGCGUUCCACCCAACAAACAAAACCAUCUUCCGAUGAUGUUGCUGAAGAAAAUGAUGAUGGUUUUUUCUCCUCUGCAAAACCCACAAAGGAAUUCCAGUGUGAAUCAAUAUACCUUUCUCUCCCUCCAAAAAGAGCCCGCAUGGAGACGAAAUGCAUGUCUGAUAGCUUGCAGUGCAGCCAAAGAACAUAUGAAACAGUCACAUAUCCGUACUGUUUUGAUGAUUAUUAUCUGCAAGCUAUGGCUGGGAAGAGAGGAAUAAAGGAAGGUGGUGCUUUCAGAUGGCAGAAAGAUGCUGCAAAAGAAGAGAUUUUGGCAGAUGAUCUUUACAAUAUCAAUGCAUUAGGAUUCACUGUAGAAGAAUCUCAUUUCUUCAACCUCCAAAAGAUUGAGAGAUUGGAUGAUCAACAGCAAUGCAUAUCAUCGCGGAAGAGAAAAUCCGAUGACUGUCAAUUUCCAUUCGUUUUGAGGCGAUUAUUCGACGAAGAAGAAGGCAUGGAAGAAGAGAAAGGAAUAGACAGUCUAUCAUUAUCGUUGUCAUUGCAUCCUAUUCCUAUCCAUCAAGGGAGCAGCACUUCAUUGUGGAGACAGAGCCAAGCUAGCGAUGGAUUAUCUUCGUCUUUGAAAGCCAAUAUCAGAGAAAGCUUGGGUUGUUCUGGAGGAGAUGAUGUAAAUUUGGAUCUCUCCAUCUCCAUUUGUGGUUCUUUGAGUUGAAUUUAUGUAAAAUCUCUUUUUGUUUCCAUACUUGUUUUUGCUGUUGCAGCAUCUCCUACCGUUCAUAUACCAGUUCCCAGUUCAUCACUUCUCUAUUCCUUGCCUAUGAGAUCAAGGUGGGCCACACACAUACAUUAACCGUCCAUCCUUUUGUACAGUUCUUGUUCUUGACAUAUGAUGAAUGGCAUCUUGAUGGUG